GAUAAUUGAUGCAAACAACAAUGGCAGCAGAGAAAGCGGAGGUACCCCCUAACUUCUGGGGCCACAUGCCCGAGGAGGAGUACUACACCUCCCAGGGGGUGCGAAACACCAAAUCAUUUUUCGACACGCCACACGGCAAAAUCUUCACGCAGAGCUUCCUCCCAUUGGACCUUCAACCUAACGAAGUCAAAGCCACCGUCUUCAUGACCCACGGCUACGGCUCCGACACCGGUUGGCUCUUCCAGAAGAUCUGCAUUAACUUCGCCACCUGGGGAUACGCCGUCUUCGCCGCCGAUCUCCUAGGCCACGGCCGCUCCGAUGGCCUCCGCUGCUACCUCGGCGACAUGGACAAAGUGGCAUCCGCCUCGCUCGCCUUCUUCCUCCACGUCCGCCGCAGUGAGCCGUACAAGGAUCUCCCGGCGUUCCUCUUCGGUGAGUCCAUGGGUGGUCUCGCAACCUUGCUUAUGUACUUUAAAUCAGAACCCGAUACGUGGACGGGCCUGAUGUUCUCUGCACCGCUUUUCGUGAUCCCCGAGGAUAUGAAGCCCAGCAGGCUUCAUUUGUUCGCGUAUGGGCUUCUCUUCGGAUGGGCCGACACGUGGGCCGCUAUGCCUGACAACAAGAUGGUUGGGAAGGCAAUCAGGGAUCCCGAGAAACUGAAGAUCAUAGCGUCAAACCCGAGGAGGUACACGGGUCCACCUAGGGUUGGGACCAUGAGGGAGCUCCUUAGGGUUACCCAGUACGUGCAGGAUAACUUCUACAAGGUAACGGCGCCGUUUCUCACAGUGCAUGGCACCUCUGACGGCGUUACGUGUCCGUCUUCGUCCAAGUUGCUGUAUGAGAAGGCUUCGAGUGAGGACAAGUCGUUGAAGCUGUACGAAGGGAUGUACCAUUCUUUGAUUCAAGGGGAGCCUGAUGAGAGUGCUAACCUUGUAUUGAGUGACAUGCGGGAAUGGAUUGAUGAGAGGGUUCAUAGGUAUGGACAUAAAUAGCAACAAUUCUUGGUAAAAAUAUUCGCUGGGUAUGUAUGAGUCUUAAGGGUCAUUACUCAUUAUUCAAGACUUGAUUAAAGAUGAAGUGGAAUUUGUUAUCUCACUUAUAUGAACGGCGUUGUUAACAUUUUAAUUA